AAUCUCGUGAGCACGAUUUAAAACAUGUUUCGGCCGCGGACAAGGAAACAACAGUUGCUGUCGAACUCCUUUCCGAAUUUCAGAGAAGUCCGUUGAAAAAGCCCGCGCAAGAGCGGAACACAGCGGGCGAAGACGCGUUUGCCGGUUACCCACAACACGCACCCGUUAGCGGUUAAUUAUUUUGUUUUUUUUUUGUGCCAAAACACACAAAAAUAUCCCAAAAUCAAAACAAAAACCGUGCAAAACUGCAAUUGUUUAUCCGGCCUUAUCGCGUGUGUGUGUGUGCGUGUGCCCCUUCGAUCCGAUAGGAAAACAGUACAGGGUUUAACUCCGUAAACAACUGUCAAAUCAAGUGAGACGAGACCCAAGCAAGUGAAUACAAAACCAAUCCAGAACAACAGAACACCGUGUAAAUACAGCAAAAACAAACAGGAAAAUUAUCGAGAAAUACAACAAAAUAGGGCUGGAAAAUGCAAAAUUAAAGCCGUGAAAAUUGCAACAAAAAAAAAACAUAGUUGCAACGAGAAUUAUUGAGUGGAGAAAACAAAUACUAAUAUUUGUGUUUGUUUUGUUAUCGCCGCUCGAUCAGCCGCCAAUGUUGUGGCUUUUAUUGUUUUUGCUGCCUGCCGGUGUCGCGUCGCAUCGCGUCGCGUCGUUAAGGUGUCUGUCCGCCGUUGGUGGUGUUAGUGAGUAGCGCGCGCGUGUGUGUGUGUGUGUGUGUGGCAAACAAGUUUCUGUGUUUUGCGAAAAAAAAGGCCACAACAACAACAGCAACAACAACAACCACAAAAGUGAGACAGCAGCGCCGCAAAGUGAAGCAGUCCGAACGGGAAGCAAGUGUUGCACAUGCACCAACUGGCAGCAAGCUAACAAAAAAAAAAACCAACCUACAAACAAACAACAGAAAAAAUAUUAUGGAAAUGCAUUCAUAAAAAUCUAAAAAAAAAAGGAAUCAAUUAAUGUGAAAAAGUGCGAAAUCAAAGAAACCCCGAAUGAAAUUAGUUGAACAAAAACUAACAAAAUAAAGUGCGAGAAAGAUAAGUGUGUGUGGAUCCCAUACAGAUUAGAAUAUAUCCGAUAAUCCACAGACGCGAGUCUCAAAAUGCAGCCCACAGCGACCCCCGCCAGCGCUGGGAAGCAACAAUCUCUCUGAAAUCAAAAUUCAAUCAAAAUAAAUAAUAUAUAUAACCAUCUGCAUAUACAUACAUAUAGUACAUAGAUCUAUAGCAUAUAGCACAAAGCAUAUAGCAUAUAGCAUAUAGCCAUAUUGAAUUGUAAUCAAAACCUCGACGAGCAGAACUUUGAGCCGCACUCAAUCAACCAAUCAAUCAAUCAAUCAAUCAAAACCCUACUGCAACGGCCUCACCACGGAGUCCCUAGAGUUUUUGCGAUUCACCGAAGAGGACUUCGAGAUGGAUAUCCUACCGAGUGGGAAUAUCUUCAGCGAACUGGAGCGCAUCUGCACCACCGGCUACUUCUCGUCGCAGCCCUCCAUUGAGGAUCAAUGGCAACAGACCUGCUACGAGCUGGAGCGCUAUCUGCGGGACGAGCCGAAGUUCGUGAAGAAGAAGCUCCACAGCGAUCUGGACACCUCGGCCUGGGACAUCUUCUCGACGCCCGCCCGCCUGCUCGAGGAGCUGAAGAUCAAGGAGCAGAACCUGGACGCCAUCUCCACGACGUCGUCGGUCUCCUCGAACUGCUCGGGCAUCUCCUGGGACAGCAAUGGCUCGCAGGCGCUCAGCUGCGCCGUCCUGGUCAAGCAGGAGCGCAUCGACGAGGAGGACGAGGAGGGGGGCUGCGACGAGAAGCUGGGCGGGCUCUUUGCGGCGCCCCCCUCGGCCAUCUCGCCCAAUCCCAGUAUCAGCAGUGCCAACGGCAACAUGACACCCACCAGCAGCAGCCCCAUCAUCCGCAGCAGCAGCUCCAGCAGCAGCAGCAGCAGCAGCAGCAGCAGCAGCAGUGGCAUGAGUCAAGUGAGCAGCGGCCUGACUGGGGCCAGCACCAUCACGGUGAGCUCGCCGAGCAGCUCGGCGCCCGGCUUCAAGGUGCGCGUGGUGCAGGCCAAGAGCCAGGGGGGCAACGGGGCGCGGCUGCACCUCGGACACGUGCAGGACUUUGUCCUGCCGACCCUGACGCCGCCCUCCUCGCCAGAGUCCAGCCUGCGGAGCCACAGCAACUACGCGCAACAGAUCGAGGCCAACGAUCUGGCGGUCCUGAUCCAACAGCAACAGCAACAGAGGCAGCAGCAGCAGCAGCAACAGCAGCAGCAACAACAGCAGCAGCAGCAGCAGCAGCAGCAGCAGCAAGGCAACUCCACACCCGCCACAGCGAUCCUGCGCUUCACCAGCAGCAAUAACCAAAACAAUCCCACAUUGACGCAACUGCAGCAGCAGCAGCAACAGCUGGCCGUCCAGCAUCUGAGCAUAUCGCCGCAGGCCCUCGGCCAGAGCGGCAAUACAGGCAGCAACAGCAGCAGCAGCCAUUCUCCCCACAGCAACGGGGGCAGCGGCCUGACUGGCAGCAGCAACAGCAGCUCCAGCGGCAGCGCCAGCAGCAGCAGCUGCCACAAGGACCAGUCCACCCACAGCAACAUUCCGCGCAGCACCAUCGUACGGCUGACCACGGCAAACGGCAAGCCGGGAGCGGCUGGCAUCAGCCUGGCCCGCGUCAUCCAGAUGCAGAACAACGGCAAUUCCAACGUGGCAGCCGUGCUCAGUGCAGCCGCCAGCAGCAGCAGCGGCAGCGGCAGCAGCUCGCAUGGAUCCAGCGCGUCGACGUCACAGCAACAAGUGGUGGCGCCACGAGCCGACAAGGCCUCAAACGGUUCUGCCAAAAAUCAUCACCCGCGGCAACAUCACGGCGAUCACAGCCCGGACGCCAAGCGGCGGAUACACAAGUGCCAAUUCCUGGGCUGCAAAAAAGUCUACACGAAGAGCUCGCACCUGAAGGCCCACCAAAGAACGCACACAGGUGAGAAGCCCUACAAGUGCUCCUGGGACGGCUGCGAGUGGCGCUUCGCGAGGAGCGACGAGCUGACGCGCCACUACCGGAAGCACACCGGGGCCAAGCCGUUCAAGUGCCGCAACUGCGAUCGCUGCUUCUCGAGGUCCGACCACCUGGCCCUCCACAUGAAGCGACACAUGUGAGGCGAGAUCUAAGCGGGGAUGGAGACGGAGACGGAGACGGAGACGGAGGACGAAGGACGGAGGAUGGAGGGUGGUAGCACCGCCGGCGGAGUGCCAUCAAGGAACGAUGAAAAAACUGCGUAACGCGUAAUCAAAAUAACAGAGAAUUAAGGAGCAUUUAAGCGGAGAGUAAAGAGAGUAAACGGAGAGAGUAAAGUGGGAGGAAAAUCAAAGAAAGCAUCACAACAAAACAAAACAAAACAAAACAAAACACAACACAAGCACAAAGACGGAAGACGGGAAUCAGAUAUUUGUGUUGCCAUUCAUCAGCGUUAUCGUUAUCGUUAUCGUUUUCGCUUUCGUUGUGGUUAUCGGCUAUCGGUUAUCGGUUAUCGGUUAUCGUUAUCAUUGUCCUUAUCAUUAUCGUUUCAAUUGCAAAUUCGAUUUGUUUCAAUGCCUUGUUAAGCGUAAGUCUAAGCCACCCCCCCAUACCCCCCCCCCCCCCCCAUACACCACCCAUACGUAGCAUUUAGCGUCGCGUUCUGAACAAAAAUAUCGUACAAUUUACCAAAGCUAAGCAGACAUUACUGUAAUUUGUAAUGAAGCGGCAGAGAGCAGAACUAAAGCAGAAAUUGUAAUAAAAACAAAAAAAACCUAAAGAGUAAAGGAAUAUUUUUUUUUUUCAUAUUGUGAACACUGCCAAAAACAAAAACAAAAAUAAAUGCAAGAAAGGAAGAAAGGAAAAUAUAAAGCUAGAUAAAAUGUAUGUAAAAAAUGUGUGUAAAAGUUAAAAAAAAAAAAAAUAGUUAAGAUCCGCUGUCGGUGGAGCAGAUGAGCAGAGAAAUAAGAAUACGGAUAGGAAAAAAACAACAAGAACAAGUGCAAAAUAUGUUUUAAACAAAACAAAAAGAGGGAAAACACAAAACACAAAACGAUGAAUGCUUUUUUUUUUCUUAAAUUAAUUUUAAAUGUAAUUUAAAUGUUGCCUAGGUCUGAUUUUACAUUACGUACUCUCAAAAUUCAAGCAAAUCCCUAGAACUACGAUCGUAAGGAAGGAGGAAGAGCAAUCUUGUUGCUAUGUUUUUUUUAGGUUAUAUACGUAACUGAUUGAAUGCAGCUUCCCUUGUGCAUUGCCCAAGUGAUGGAAAGUAUUACGAACCCGUUUUUGAUAUGUAUAACUAAUUUAAUCGAAAUUUGCAUCGCUCGAUCGACGACUGGAGCGUCUGCCUCUCGUCGGGGAUCCAUCAUGGAAAUUCUUCUUUAUGUGCCUCAUUAAUUUUAGUCCGACUUCUUUGCGUAACUGAUUUUUUUUGUAGUUUUUCUUUCGCUAAAUUUAUAGAUUCCAUUCUGUUUAGUUUUACUCCUUUGUGUGCUGCAUUUUAUUUUGUAAUUUAUCACUUCAGCAUUUUUGUUUAUUUUUAAUUAUUUUUAAUGAAUAAAAAGAUUGUGAAAAGCGUA